UUGAUGUCAUGCGCAGGAGCAUGAAUUCGACGUUCGCCCUCCGGAUCAACAAAACACUGCGGGCUUAAAGGCUCACGAUCUGAAAACAAAGACCCGAUUUAACGUCGUGUUUACUGCUAAGAGAGCUCGACAACAUGAACACGCAUUUAAGCCGCUGUCGUUCCGUUAUCGCCUACUGUGUUGUGGUGGGUUUGGUUUUGGGUUUAGAUGAUGGACCGGAUCGCCCGGUUUUCGGAGCGCCGGGAUCCCCAGUUCGUCUCUCCGAAUCGGACCCCGGGGUUUUAAAAGCGAUCAAAUUUGCUGAAGAGCGAUAUAAUAUGGCCUCCAACUCUAUGCACUUUCGGCGUGUCAGUAAAAUCAUAUCAGCCAGCAAACAGCUGGUGAAGGGUGUGAGGUACAGUAUUAUGGUGGAGAUUGGAAGCACACAGUGUAAGAAAUCUUCAGUAAAGAAUGCUGUGAGGACCUGCGAUUUUCUCCCGGUGCCGCAAAAACAGAAGACUGAAGUGUGUUUGUUCGAGGUCUGGGACAUUCCCUGGGAAAACAAAUCCACACUGCUCAAACAGAAAUGUCAGCCGGCAGUUUCCAAGGAGCUCAAAAAGGUUGCAGCUGUACCCUUGACUCAUGGCAAACCUGCAAAGGAAUCUGUGGAGGUUUUGACCGAGUUCAAAAACUUUAUGAUCAAACACAACCGAACAUACAGUUCUCGAGAGGAGGCAGGGAAGCGGCUGCGCAUUUUCCAGGAAAAUAUGAAAACCGUGCAGACGCUGCAGUCUCUGGAACAGGGGUCAGCGGAGUACGGGGUCACCAAGUUCAGUGACCUCACAGAGGAUGAGUUCAGAAUGAUGUACCUCAACCCAAUGCUGAGCCAGUGGAAUUCAAAGAAGCAAAUGAAGCUGGCGAGUCCAGCCAGCAGAGCCGCUCCUGAGACCUGGGACUGGAGGGAUCAUGGAGCCGUCAGUCCUGUGAAAAAUCAGGGCAUGUGUGGCUCUUGUUGGGCAUUCUCUGUGACAGGAAACAUUGAGGGUCAAUGGUUCAAGAAGUCAGGCCAGCUACUGUCCCUCUCUGAGCAAGAACUAGUGGACUGUGAUAAGAUGGACCAGGCUUGUGGAGGCGGCCUACCGUCCAACGCUUAUGAAGCCAUCGAGAAGCUUGGAGGUAUUGAGACCGAGACCGACUACAGCUAUACAGGACACAAACAGAACUGUUACUUCUCUACAGGGAAGGUGGCCGCUUACAUCAACAGCUCUGUCGAACUUCCCAGUGAUGAGAAGGAGAUUGCUGCAUGGCUGGCUGAAAAUGGUCCAGUGUCUGCUGCUCUUAAUGCCUUUGCCAUGCAGUUCUACCGAAAGGGUGUAUCUCACCCUCUAAAGAUCUUCUGUAACCCCUGGAUGAUUGACCACGCUGUGCUGCUUACUGGAUAUGGAGAACGAAACGGCAUUCCGUACUGGGCCAUCAAAAACAGCUGGGGAGAAGACUACGGAGAGCAGGGUUACUAUUACCUGUACAGAGGAUCCAGACUUUGCGGGAUCAACAAGAUGUGCUCAUCUGCCAUUGUGAAUUAGACAAACACAAACAUUUUGCACAUAAUCGAUCCGUUAAAGCUCAUAGUAUUCAGAACCUUAAAUAUGUGAAGUAUUUCUCUUAAGGUCAUAACACUCAUUAUUUACCCUCUCUAACUGACCUUAGAUGUAACUGGCUGAUCCAUGAUCAGUUUUCUGAGGAAGGUUAGACGUUUGAUUAGACUACGAAAAGAUGGAUUAGCAUGUUUGCAUACUUGAUCUCAUAUCCCACAUGAGUGGUGAUGUUAUGGAAACAGCAGAUAGAAAGAGGAACGAGAUAACACCCCAUGCGUUCACCGUAACAACAGCAUAACUUCCUAACACUUCAAUAUACAGCAUGUUAAUGUAGUUACUUUGUGUUUUACUCCGAUCAGUUUAUUCCAUGUUUUAAUAUUUAUUGUUGAUUUUUAAAAUGCAUUAAGGUUGUGUUAUUUUUACCAUCUGUUCACAUGCUUAAUAGGUUUUAAAUGACUGAUUUGAAACUAUAUUUUAAUCUACUGAGUGCAUUUUACUGAAUGUUAUCGAGUUAAUGGUAUUGAAAACCAGAGAACCAACACUAUGAUUCCGUUAUGUGUGGGACUUCUUUUGACUGCACAUCUUCCUUACAUGGAAAAAUGUUACUGACGCUCAAUGGAAUUGAAAGGCUUCAGAUCUAUUUUGUGCUAGAAAUAUUUUUAAUUGCUUUGUUGUACUGUUCAGAUUAGUUGUGCUUCUCUCCUGCAUUAUCAAAGCUGCUGAAUAAACUCUUAGUUGUCUCCAAACUAAA